UUGUGAAAUGGGCAGGGCGAAUGCUUGGUGCUGAACAGAAAUCUGUUCCUUGGCUGUGAAUGGGGCGACGACUGGAACGAUUUCUUUAGCCCAGCCGCAGAACGAAUUUGCCUGGCUGGGUCCCUUUAACACAGGAAUUCCAGGCAACCUUGUGAAGAGCCCUUCCCACUCCCCCAGCCCUCUCUGGUCAGCUGAUUGCAGGCAGGGCACAUGGAGAAUGAUUCACCAGCACUCUAGCCCCCUCCUGGUGCCUCUUAUCAAACGCCUUUCUGCAGACCUUUGAGACUGACAUCAGCCCAGCUCCCCACACCUGGUUCCAAGCCCGCUCAGAGCUGGUGGAAAAUGUUCUCCUUUGAGUUCUUGGCCUCCUGGCUCCCUGGCUUCCCCAGCUUGGCCUGGGGUUCCACCCUGCUGGACUCUAUCUUGCAAGGGCUAAUAGGAGCUUGUGCCGUGUCUGUGCUCUGCAGCCUGGUGAAGAUUUAUCUCUACAUCCAGUGUCUGAACAGCCAGUUGUACCUGUUGUGCCAGUACUCCCUGGGGUGCGGCAUCUCCUGCAGCCUCAGCUACCUCCUGGAGGGCGCUCCCCACCGCAGCUACAACCUGCUUCUCAGCCUGGGCCUGGCCGGCCUGAUCACCUGCUACGUCUGGAGGCUGGCCCGGCACGUCUGCACCAUGUACGAGCUCCACAGCAAGGAGCGCUACUGCGGGGUCUGCAUCUUCCUGCUGACCGCCUGGCACGGCAUCCCCGCCCUGCUCUGCAACGCCCUCAAGAUCACCUUCGUGGUGGCUGACCUGGCCGCUGUCGCGCUGAUCAACAGGGAUUUCCUCACCACCUCGGAGGCCAUUCGCUUCUGGACGCCGCUCACCAUCUGCUACACCCUGCUGGUCAUCUACAUGCAAGAGGAGCAGAGGCAUAACCCCAGCGAGCAGAUGGUCUAUCAGACGGUGUUUGUGAGGAUGGGAGGUUUGCUCAUCCUCCUCAUGACGGUGGGCCGGUGGAUGGACAUCAUGAACAUCUUCAUCUCGCUGGUGGGUGAGAUUUGGUGCCUGGUUCGGGCAGGAAUCAUGCUGGACAUCUGCCGGGCGCAGGAUUUUUCUCAAAGGUUCCCAGAAUCCGGUUCCAGGCAGCCCCAGCCUAGGCCUGAGGCCCAUGGCAGAAAAUACAGCUCCGUGACCAGGUCCUCAAGUGGAGCGGCCGGAGCCGAGAGGUGAGGAGGGGGCUGCCAUGCUCCAGCGAUGGCGAGACCGGCAAAGCCCCGGCGACCGGGACUGAAAUGUGACAUUUUAAGCUCCAGGCCGUGCCCACUGAAGUGGCUUAAUUCACAUGCUGUACGUGCUCCAGUAGCAAACCAGACUCGGGGGCGAUCUGCUGAGGACGUUCUCAAAUGGACAGUUGUUUGCACAGUCCCAGGUUAACUACCGAGAUGACUCUUUGCUCCCCUCAACCCCCCACCCCCAACACCCUGCGGUUGGUCGAAUUGCACUGGUCCCUGGAAAUGGGGAGGCCCCCAUCGCCCUCCGGGCUGCAUCGCAUACUGGAGAAUGGGAAACCAUUUCCCCCCCCCC